AUGAAAGAUUUAUUCUUAGAAGAUAUUGAAACUAAAUCAAACUUCUUUGAAGAAUUUAUUAUUUCUAAUACUCAGCUUAGCGAGUAUCCUUUAACGUUCUUCAACAAUUCCUUAGCUAAAUAAAGAAAAGGAAAAAUAUCCAAAUUAUACCCUGUUGAAAUACAUUAGUGUAAAAACUACGUUGACUAAAUAUCUUUAAUUGCUUAAUACUCUUUUGAACUUUCUACCCUUAGUGAGUAAACAGUAAAAGAGGAAAUAGUAGAAAAUAUUCUUGCAAUGACACAUUAUAAUAAGGGGGACUUACAUUCUAUGAAAUCUCCUAUGAAAUUAGUUAAACAAUAAGAGUGGGAAGAGAAAUUCAAUUCAUAUAAAAGAAAAAAAGAAAUCCUUGGAGGAGCAAUAGUUUUCACAACAAUUAUGAGAGAAAAGUCUCCUAGAUUGAAAGACUUAAGCCCUUAUUAGCUUAUUGAAUUAUACAAAGAGGCCUUGUUCUUAGGGCUGAAUGAAAAAGAGCUAUGGAAAAGAGUUACUCAACGAGAUAUAAGAGAGAAGCUAUUUCAAUACUUAUUUUUUGGAUCAAUUUUCCUACUAUCACCGGUAUAAAAAAGAUAAGUUAACAUAGAUCUUGUUAAAACAGAAAAAUUGUAAGAAUAUUAGAUGAUAUAAUUGUUAAUAUAAAAUUUUAAUUGA